CGACCGCACGGGACGGGGCGGCACAGUAGUCGCGUAUCGGCGUUUUGCCAAGGCACACGACUCCAUGGAGGUCCUGAAUUAGUUACAACUCUUUCACCGCAGGCCGCAUCGGGCCGCCUCGGGUGGCGAGGGCGCCCGGCACUCAGCGAGCAUGGCGAAGACGGCGCCGCCGGCCGCUGAGCUGCUGGGCCGGCGUGGGCGGCUGCAAGGGCAAGGGUCUACGGCCGCGAGCCCGGCGGCGCCUCCGCACCCGACUCUGGCCAGCAUCGGCAGGAGCCGCACCUUCACCAUCGAGAAGGAAGAGGACGAAGCAAAAGAUGCAGAUGAGAAAAAGAACCAGAAAGUCAGUUUUGACCGUACGCUGUCGGCGACCGGACCAGGUUCUUCCGUGGUCACCCCUGCUGCAAUGCCCACACCAGCCCCGCGCGAACGGCGUCAACGACCUCCAGCAGGCGACGGCGCUGACGCGACCCCCGAGCGUCCCGCGGCCCUGGGGCUAGGGGUGCAGGUUGGCGUGCAGGACGGGGAGGCCCCCACCGCCCCCGUGCCAGCCCCGCGCAGGGCAGCCAGAACCAGGGUGUCCAGCACAGGCGAGCCGGUUGCUUCAACGGCGCCCUCGGAGGAGGCGCAAAGACCCGCUGAGGCCGAUGCAGGAAGAUGGGGAGGUCGGCGACGUCUGCUCCGUCGCCAGGCAGCUGGCGAAUCUUCUUCCUCAGACGCGGAGUCUGCACGCGGUCGUGGCGGUCAGAAGAUCGUGCUGGUGACGGAAGCCGAGGUCCACGAGCCACCGUCUGCGGCCAGGUCGGAGGUCGUCCGGAAGGCGCGGCCAGAGCAGGGCGCCUCCAGGAGGGGCUCCGCAAUCCCAGAAGCGCUGCUCGACGAGAUCAAGAGGAUGAGUCAGACCAGCCAAGCGAGUCAGGACAGCACCCGCAGUGUGGAGGAAGGGACCGGCGACACCCCAGAGGAGCUGUCUGCGGGCGGCGGCGACAGGGAUGUCGUGGAGGCGCCCGACGCAGGCGGAGCGGACGCUCUGCUGGAGGCUUACGAGGAGCCCGCCGUUGUGCCAACUGCAACGCCCGACGGGGAGGUGAAUACGACCACCACGGUCACCACCACCACCACCACCACCACUGGUAGCCAUAGCGCCGAGGGGAUCCUGAUCGUGCCCAUCGAGCAGACCGAUGCCCCUUCCCAUCACGACGACGGGGUACACGUCGAGCAGGCCGCGUCAGCCCCGACGCCCCCUGAAACCGACUCUGACGACGUAUCCUUUCCUAGUGUGGCGAUCCCCGAGGCACCGAUACAGGACCUCCCCGGAGCAGAUCCCGUGGAGCUACACCCCCCUGUGACGGUCCCCGAGGAGCAACCUUCCACCCUUGUGCCGAUCUCAGACGAGAAUCCCUCUUCAGUGGACGUUCCCGAGGAACAACCUUCUCCAAAGACAGACCUCGAUGAGCAGCCUCCCAUCGAGGCAGUGCUUGAAGACCACCCGCCUGCCCUUCAGAAAGCUUCCUAUGAGCACCUCUCCCCCACGACGACGGACCCCGAGGAGGAGCAACCCCCGAUUGUGACGACCGCCGAGGAACAUCCUCUCCUUGUAACGGCUCCUGAGGAAGUGGUGACCCCACCUGAACUUUCGGCAACAAGUUGCACGCAGGGUGAGCCCCGCUCUGCCCCCCUACCAGCCCUGCCGACGUCGCCGCCACCCGUAGGGCAAGGUCUUCAUAAGACUGAGCCGCCCGAACCAGAGUCCCACGACGGGGCCGCCGAGACACCACCCGGACACCGCGCGGGCCGCGGGGACGGGCCGGCGACCGAGGUGGUGGGGGUCGGGGGUCCCACCACGGGCAGGACGCUGCACCGGAUGGACGAUUCGACGAGGGAACGGCUCCAGCGACACAUAGAGAGGGCGGUGCUGGGCGCCGCGGGCGGGCCGCCCGUGUCCCGCGAGGCCCUGCAGGCCGGCCUGGACCAGGCGUCGGCCGCGCUCGCCGCCUUCUACGCGACGCCGUCCUCGGAGGCGGAGGCCGUGCGGCUGCGGAGCGAGGAGCUGCUGAGUCGGCUGCGGCGUCUCAAGGAGGAGGUGUCCGCGAGCGUCGUGUUCCCGGUGUCGGCGGGUUGCCGCGUGGCACAGUCGGGCUCCCCAGUCGGCUCCGGGCCCCCGCAGCCCCCGCUGCAGCCCGGAGGCAGCGGCACGGUCCCAGAGCAGUGCUGAGCCGGAGCUCCAGCAGCCCCUCGGAGCCGGAGCAAACCGGAUCUGGCUGAAAGCGGAAAGCCGUCUCAUAUCACAUCACACCACACCCCGGCCCGGGCCCUCGCCGACGCCUGCUGCUGCACCCCUGAGCGGGGGACAGGCGGAGGGAGAGUGAGGGUGUCCAGGUGACGGCAACAAACCCCUUCUAUGUCGACUCUUAGACGAAUUAAAAACGUGUCGUUACUUCCAA